AUGUAGCCUAAUAGAUAAUAAUCUUUAGCAUAAAUCAACAAUCUUAAGGUAGCAAAAUUCUCUGAUACCGAAAGAGGUUAUUCAGGAAAAGUGUUUUCAUCACCUAAGGUUUUUAGAUACUUUUUAAGCACUUAAGGAACUCAAGGUCCAGUUUAUGUUAAAAUUAAUGGAUUUGUAUUUAUGUUGGAUUAAUCUGACUAAUUUGGAGAUGACUAAGUAGCUCUUAACUAAAUAUAGAGAGCUGUACUAAAAAUAGGAAACACUGAUCUUAUUACACUCACUUAAUAUAUUCCUCCUCUUGAUGCUGAAUACAGACUAAUCAGUUUAGAGCUGGAAAUUACUCCUUUUGAAUAAAGAACUUAAACUUUUGAAAUAGAUGACGAAGAAUUAGCAGAUUAAGUUAAAUAAAAGCACGUUAAUCAAUUUUUCUCUUUCGACCAUACUAUUAUAUUUGUUUAUAGAGAACGUCUAUUUCGUUUAAGGUGUACUAAUUUUAACUUUAUGGAUUUGGGUGUCAAAGCAAAGUAAGUACGUCUUUUAGAAGGUAUGUUAAAUGGAGAUACUUCUAUUACCUUCACAGUGAAAACUAUUGAUUUAAAGUUAAAAUCUGUUGGCUUUAAGACAGUUAGCAUUAUUGAUCCUAAAUUCAAGUUCGAAGAUCUAGGAGUUGGUGGUUUGGAUUAAGAAUUGGCUGAUAUUUUCAGAAAGGCUUUUGCUUCAAGAAGAUUCCCUCCUGCUGUCCUUUAAAAGUAUGGUAUCAAGCAUGCAAAAGGUCUUUUACUUUAUGGUCCUCCUGGUUGUGGUAAAACUUUAAUUGCAAAGAAGCUUGCAGGUGUUUUGAACUCUGUUAAACCUAAAAUUGUAAACGGUCCUAGUAUUUUGAGUGAAUUUAUUGGUAAGGCUGAAGAAAAUAUUCGUAAUCUGUUUGCAGAUGCAAGAAAAGAUGAAAUAGAAAAGGGAGAUUCCAGUCCUUUGCACGUAAUUAUCUUCGAUGAAAUGGAUGCAAUAUGCAGAAAGAGAGGUUCAAGUUCUUCUACUUCAGCUGAAGUUGGAGAUAAAAUUGUCAACUAACUCUUGACAAUGAUUGAUGGUCCUGAAUCUCUAAACAACAUUUUAGUCAUAGGUAUGACUAACAUGAAAGAAUUAAUAGAUCCUGCUAUAUUAAGAGCUGGUAGAUUUGAGUAUCACGUUGAAAUAGGUUUACCAGAUGAUAAAGGUAGAUUGGAUAUAUUGAAAAUUCACACUGCAACAAUGUUUAAGAAUGGUACUAUUGAUCCAAACAUCAAUUUGGAAGAAAUUGUCAGAGAUACAAAGAAUUAUACUGGUGCUGAUAUUGAGUAGUUAGUUAAAGUAGCUCUCUCCUAUUCAAUAGGUAAAAUGUAGGACUUAAUGGAUUUUUCAAAGCCUAUUGAUCCUAAGAAUCUUCCAUUGGUAACUAUGGAAGAUUUUAAAAAGGCAAUUCAAGAAGUGAAGCCUUUGUUUGGUGUUGAUGAAUAAUUUUAAGUCUAUAAAAGUAAUAAAUUAAUUAAUUAUGGUGAAGCUUACGAGAGAAUCUCUAAACAAAUGAUUUAGAGUAUUGAUUAUGUCAAAACAUCAGAAAAUAGUUUAAUUCACUCUAUUUUGAUAGAAGGUUCUAUUGGAACUGGUAAAACAGCGAUUGCAGCUGCUUUUGCUCUAAAGAGUGAUAUAACUUAUGUAAAGAUUUUAACACCUGGUGAUUUCUUAGGAUUAAAUGACUACGCAAAAGUUAACUUGCUGGCUACCACUUUCAGAAUGGCAUAUAGAGCAAAGCAAGCUAUUAUUGUUCUUGAUGAACUUGAACGUAUAAUUGAAUACAUAGACGAAGGUCCAAGAUUCUCAAAUACUAUCCUCCAAUCUCUUUUAGUGUUAAUCAAGAAAAUACCUGAUAAAGAAUUCUGCAAGCUCCUUGUUAUUGGUACUACCUCAUAAGCUAAUUCAUUGAAAAAGCUACAAUUGGUAGGUGGAUGUUUCAACAUAAUAUUAAAAGUAAAUCCACUAAAUUAAAAUGAAAUCCAAAAUGUGUUUAGUGCUUGUGGAAUUAGCCCUCAAAUCGCUUAAAGAUUUGAAGAUAAGAAAGUUCCUAUCAAGAAGCUGUUAAUGAUUAUAGAUAUGGCUAGAAAACAAAAUAAAUAUCCAAGAGAAGCAGAAAUAAUGGAUUGCUUUAAUUCAUUAGAAUCGACAGAGUAUGAAUAUGAAUAUUAUUGA